GACUGUGAUUUGGGACCGCGUGUUCAGUUUGGCUGUUUUUAAUUUUGUUGCGAUGUUGGUUUUAUUUGAAACUCCGGCGGGUUACGCUGUAUUUAAGCUCUUGAAAGAAAAGAAAUUGCAAAAAACAGAAAACCUGUACCUAGAUUUUGAAAAUGCAGAUGAAGCUAGUAAAAUCGUCAAGUUGAGACAUUUCCAGAAGUUCAAGGACAUGACAGAAGCUCUCUCUGCGGCAACCGCAGCUGUCGAAGGCAAGAUGAGCAAGACGCUGAAGAAAAUGAUGAAAAAGCUGGUUGCCACGGAUGCACAAGAACAGCUGUUAGUCGCUGAUGCCAAGCUUGGCAAUGUGAUUAAGGAUAAGUUUGACAUGCAGUGUCUGUCAAACUCGAACGUCCAGGAGCUGAUGAGAUGUAUUCGCUCGCAGAUGGACAGUUUGAUCACCGGUCUUCCGCAGAAAGAAAUGGCCGCCAUGGCUCUGGGUUUAGCACACAGUCUUUCAAGAUACAAGUUAAAGUUCAGCCCAGACAAAGUGGACACAAUGAUUGUUCAAGCUAUAUCCUUGCUUGACGAUCUAGAUAAGGAGCUGAACAACUACAUCAUGAGAUGCAGAGAGUGGUACGGCUGGCAUUUUCCCGAACUCGGCAAGAUUGUACAGGACAACCUAGCAUAUGCUAAAUUAGUCAAGAAAAUGGGUGAGCGUGUAAAUGCUGUUGCCUGCGAUUUGUCGGCAAUAUUGCCUGAAGAGGUAGAACAGGAACUAAAAGAGGCUGCAGAAAUCUCCAUGGGAACGGAAAUCUCAGAGGAGGAUUUGUUGAAUAUUCAGUAUCUUUGUGACCAGAUUAUUGAUAUAUCUGACUACCGAGCUCAGUUGUACGACUAUCUAAAGAACCGAAUGAUUGCCAUUGCACCUAACCUCACGAUAUUGGUUGGAGAAUUGGUUGGAGCCAGAUUGAUAGCUCAUGCAGGUUCUUUGCUGAACUUGGCGAAACAUCCAGCGUCGACGGUUCAGAUCAUCGGUUCAGAAAAGGCUCUGUUCAGGGCCCUCAAGACAAAACACGACACACCCAAAUAUGGUCUUAUCUAUCACGCAUCACUGGUGGGAUCGGCCAGUGCAAAGUUCAAAGGAAAGAUGUCGAGGAUGUUGGCAGCGAAAGCGUCUCUCGCAAUACGUGUUGAUGCACUGGGCGAUGAAACGAACACGGAGAUUGGUUUGGAGCACAGAGCCAAGCUAGAACGUGCAAUGAAAAUGCUGGAGGAACAAGGGUCUAGAAGAAUAAUUGGAACUGGGAAGAUGAAGGCAAAAUGGGAAAAAUACGAUAAUAGAAGUGAGAUAAAAACCUACAAUCCGGCUGCCGAUUCCACGUUGCCGAGAGUUACAAAGAAACGAAAGCUCGACCAAGAUGAUGAUGACGAGGAACCUGUUAAAAAAGAACCAAAAAUGGAACCAGGGGAAGAGAGUCCCAGCAAAUUAAAACACAAGAUGAAACAAGUCGAAGAAAGUGAAGAAACGCCAAAGAAGAAGAAGAAAAAGAAGAAGCAUUUGGAUGCUUCUGGAGAUGCUAGCAUUUUAGAUACAACACAGGAAUCAUUAGGUUCUCCGAAUGGCGACAUAUCACAAAAGAAGAAGAAGAAAAAGAAGAAGGUUAAACAAGAAGCUGAAAGCGACUAGCAAUUCCAAUCAUACCAAAUAGGCAUUACUUUUAUUUUGGCUAAUAAAAUCACCUCCAUUUUACUUUUUAUUUUUGCAUAAAUGAAUUUUAUAGAGCAUCUGUGAAUUUUAAUAUUCUUUCUCAAAGGGCAUUAAUUUUAUUUUGUUUUGGCCAACACAAAUUCAGCUGGCUUGUCUGGUAUAUAAAGCUGCAAUCUGUUAUGUUUUUGUUAUUUAGCCAUUUAGAAUAGGUUAUGUUUACCAAUGCGUAGUUUUGCAGUUGCCCAAGGUUAAAACUGUGAACUGGUUGUGGAUUGAAAGUUAUGCUAGAGUCGUUUUGCAGGGCUAACUCUGGUUGAGAAAAACAUUUCGCCAAAUUGUCAAUUGCAGAAUUCGUUGUUUUUUUUUGUUUUUUUAAAUGUCAAUUACUACAUGUAAUUAUUUUGUCAAUUUUAAAAUAAAAUUUGCCAACUGCUUUCAAAAUUCACAAAUGGCAAAUUUGGCGAAUGCCAGAGCUAGCCCUGUUUUGGCACUGUUUAGAUGAGAGGGGAAAUACACCAGUAUUGUUUGUAUUUAAACAUUAUUGUUUAUGUAUAUGAAAUGUGUUCAAGUAAGCCAUUUUAAACUUUGAUAAUGCAAUUUUGAGCUCACUUGUGAACAUUGUACCAGAUUUACACAAAAAGAUGUAUAUAAUAUAAAACCGUAGUUUUUAGUUUUUAAGAACCAACAUUUAAAUGUAUGAUGAAAUUAUUGUCAUAAAUUAAAAGAAAUUUCAUUUUAAAAGAAAGGUGUUAUAUGCUCUAAAAUGUAAAUAAAAUAUAUCAUAAUCAUAAAUAGUGGUUAUUGUUUAUUCAAUAUAUGCAUCAUAGCACCAACCUCUCCUGUAGUCCUAAUGUUUUAUUUAACGAUGCAAUCCACACAUUUUAUUUU